AUGGCGCCAAUCCUGACGGACUGGCAGGACAAGAAGGGCGACCGGCGGUUCCUGAAGCUGAGCAAGGACCACGAUGUGGGCACCUCUGUCAAGCAUGGGAAGCCCAAGAAGCAGAAGCUGGAGGGCAAAGGGGGCCACGGGACUGGGCCUGGCCCUGGCCGGCCCAAGUCCAAGAACCUGCAGCCCAAGAUCCAGGAAUACGAAUUCCAGGAUGAUCCCAUUGACGUGCCCCGCAUUCCCAAAAAUGAUGCUCCGAACAGGUUCUGGGCAUCGGUGGAGCCGUACUGUGCCGAUCUCACCAAUGAGGAGGUCAGGGUCCUGGAGGAGCUGCUCAAGCCACCGGAGGAUGAGGCUGAGCAUUACAAGAUCCCGCCCCUGGGGAAGCAUUACUCCCAGCGCUGGGCCCAGGAGGACCUGCUGGAAGAGCAGAAGGAUGGAGCCCGGGCAGCGGCUGCUGCUGACAAGAAGAAGGGUGUCCUGGGGCCGCUGACUGAACUGGACACCAAAGAUGUCGAUGCUCUGCUGAAGAAGUCGGAGGCCCAGCACGAGCAGCCAGAGGACGGGUGUCCCUUUGGGCCCCUGACGCAGCGUCUCCUGCAGGCCCUGGUGGAGGAGAACAUCAUCUCCCCCGUUGAGGACUCCCCCAUCCCCGAGAUCACCGGCAAGGACUCAGGAGCUGAUGGCGCCGGCACGUCUCCCCGCAGCCAGAACAAGCCCUUCAGCGUCCCCCACACCAAGUCGCUGGGGGGCCCCGGGCGGGCGAAGGAGGAGCUGCACCGGCAGGAGCUGCGGCAGCGCGUCCGCAUGGCCGACAACGAGGUGAUGGAUGCCUUCCGCAAGAUCAUGGCCGCCCGGCAGAAGAAGCGCACACCCACCAAGAAGGAGAAGGACCAGGCCUGGAAGACCCUGAAGGAGCGGGAGAGCAUCCUCAAGCUGCUGGACGGGUAGCAGGGGCCGAGGACCUCCCCUCUGCUGUGGACCUCGGCGGCUGGGGGGGGGGGGGGCCUGCCUGUGCCCCC